UCGGGGAUUCGAUCCUGCAACAUUUCGGUUACUUGCCCCAACGCUCUAGGCUACCUGUGAUGCUGGAAUAUGUAUGAUACGCAGUAAGAGCUAUUGUGAAUAAACCACUGCAGUUAUGAAAUUGAUAAAAGAAUGGCCAUGUUUCAAGUGUGUGCCGACGGAAUCUUUUAGGUAUUUAUUAGGAUCCCCAUUAGCCGCUGCAAAAGUAUCAGAAUUGUUCACUUCUCUCAUUAACUUCUCAAACCACGGCUUGGUCUGCUUCACAGGCGUUCUCUGAAGUCUCGCGUUGUUACGUCUCUGGGUUUAGAAACUGGUAGUGAGGAGAAGGCAGUUCCGCGCAGGCGCGCAUCAUUCUUCAGAAUAAAGGACACGCCAGAAUUGUGCAGUCGAGACGACAACUUCUGUGUCUGUUUCAAAUGUAUUACUACUGAUUAAGUCUGAGGCCGGUAACAUCAACAGUGAGGACAAACCCAGCCUGCCUCUCUCCUUCCACACUGAGUCCAAACCUACAGUCACUGGGUCCUGAUUGUGACAGUGGAGCCCAGUUUGCACUGCAGGACCCAGAGAUGGCAUCAGUGAAGCUGGAAGACUGCAGUCAAACACUGGAGCUGAAUGUCAACAUUAAAGAUGAAGAAGAGGAGGAGAAGAUUGGGACAACUGUUUCUCAUGGUAUGAGGCCGGUAACAUCAAUAGUGAGGACAAACCCAGCCUGCCUCUCUCCUUCCACACUGAGUCCAAUCCUACAGUCACUGGGUCCUGAUUGUGACAGUGGAGCCCAGUUUGCACUGCAGGAUCCAGAGAUGGCAUCAGUGAAGCUGGAAGACUGCAGUCAAACACUGGAGCUGAAUGUCAACAUUAAAGAUGAAGAAGAGGAGGAGAAGAUUGGGAAAUCUGUUCAUCAUGACUAUGUCCAAACCUACAUUCAUUCACUGGGUCCUGAUUGUGACAGUGGAGCCCAGUUUGCACUGCAGGAUCCAGAGAUGGCAUCAGUGAAGCUGGAAGACUGCAGUCAAACACUGGACCUGAAUGUCAUCAUUAAAGAUGAAGAAGAGGAGGAGAAGAUUGGGAAAUCUGUUUCUCAUGGAAACCAUGUUGACACAUUCUCUACAUCCAGAGAGCAACAGCAGGAAGAUCAAAGCGCUAAGAGGUCUCAUCACUGCCCACAUUGUGAGGAGAUUUUUCCAUUUCUAUCAAAGCUAAAAAUACACCUAAAAUUACACACAGGAGAGAAUCUGUAUUCCUGUACUGACUGUGGGAAGAAAUUCUCUCUACUGAGCAACUUCAAAAGACAUGAACGUAUACAUACAGGAGAGAAGCCUUACUUAUGCUCUGACUGUGUAAAAUGCUUCACAACAUCAACUGAGCUAAAACGUCAUCAGAGAACACACACAGGAGAGAAGCCUUACUCCUGCUCUGACUGUGGAAAGAGUUUCUCUCAACUGAGCAACUUAAAAGCACAUGUACGUAUACAUACAGGAGAGAAUCCUUACUCUUGUUCUGACUGUGGAAAGAGUUUCUCUCUACUGAGCAACUUAAAAUCACAUGAACGUAUGCAUAAAGGAGAGAAGCCUUACAUAUGCUCUGACUGUGUAAAAUGCUUCACAACAUCAACUGAGCUAAAACGUCAUCAGAGAACACACACAGGAGAGAAGCCUUUCUCCUGCUCUGACUGUGGAAAGAGUUUUUCUCGACUGGGUACCUUAAAAAGACACCAAGGUAAACAUAAAGGACCACUGAUCUGACUGUGGAAAAUGUUUUAAAACAACAGCUGAGCUAAAAGGUCAUCAGAGAACACACAUAGGAGAGAAGCCUUUCAUCUGCUCUGACUGUGUGUCGAGUUUCUCUACUGUGCCACUUAAAACGACAUGAAUGUAUACACACAGGAGAGAAGCCUUGUCACUGCACUGACUGUGAGAAGAGAUUCUACAGAUUGGGCAAUUUAAAAAGACACCAAAGUAUACAUAAAGGAGAGAAGCCUCAUCAGUUCUCUCAGACCAGCUAAGAUUAGACACUCCACUUAUUUAUCAUCUCAUAAAAUAAUUGGCAACGUUGAAUUGGAUCAAAUGAAGAAAGCGUAGAACACUAUUGUAAUCCUAUUGUUUCUCACUGUGAGAGAACUGUGCAGAGGAACGGUUAGCCUCUCUUUACUGAUCAGUAUGCACCUUGUCAGUUUUGGUGUGUUUUGUUAGCUUAUACUGUAAAGAUAUUGAGAUGACCUUGGAUUUGCCCUUAAGGUUGAAUAUCCUCUGUGAGGCGUCUCACAAUGGAGUCUGAUGGUUGACUGGGUGGUACUGCUUCUCUCUGCAGUUUUCUAUGGGAAAGAGCUGAUUGACACAACAUGUACAGAGUGUACAAAACAUGAAGGAUGCCUGCUCUUUCCAUGACAUAGACUGACCAGGUGAACCCAGGCGAAAGCUAUAAUCCUUAAUGAUGUAGUUUUUAUUAUGGAUUUAUUAUGGAUCCCCAUUAGCUUUCAGCAGAAAACAAGAGACUGCAGUUGCAGUGGGCUAAGGAAUUAAAAGACUGGACGCUGGAGAAUUUGAAAAACAUUUCCUGGUCUGAUGAAUCCCUGAUGUUUCAUGCAGAUGGGAGGACUAGGGUAUAGAGGAAACCAUGAGUACAUGCAUCCAUUCCAUAUGUCAACAUUGCAGGCUGGUGGUGGUGGUGUGAGGGGUGUGUUUUCAUGGCACACAUUGGGUCUCUUGAUAGAAGUGGAGCAGCGUUUGAAUACCACAGGAUAUGUAAACAUCAUUGCCAAUCAGGUGCAUCCUUUCAUGGCAGCAGUGUAUCCAUCUGCAAAUAGAUUUUUUUCAGCAGGAUUAUGCCCCAUGCCACAAGGCUUGUCCAGGAAUGGUUCCAAGAACAUGACAGUGAAUUCAGCUUACUGCAGUGGCCUGCCGAGUCACCAGAUCUCAAUCCAAUUGUUCAUCUGUGGGAGGAGAUGGAACAAGCUAUUCGGAGUAGAGAUCCGCUCCCAGCCAACUUGACACAAUUGUGGGAAGAAUUGGGCCAGAAUCCCUGUGGAAUGCUCUCAACACCUUGGACAGUCCAUGCCCUGCCGAAUUGAGGCUGUACUGAGGACAAAGGGGGGUGCAACUCAAUAUUAGGAAGGUGUUUCUGAAUGUUUUGUACACGGUGUAUAUCAGAUAAAGAUGGUGUGAUGAUCCGUUUUUAGCGUUAGUUUGGGUGGAUUAUUUUAUAUUAAACAACUUUUGUUUAAUGAUAAACAGGCUAUGAACUGACUUGUUUAUUAAAUUGUCUUUUAAUUCUUGAUUCAUUAUUUUAGUCAUUGAUGAUAAAUGUAUUUGAAUAACUGUAUUGAAGUUAAUUGAUCUGGCGGCAGGUAGCCUGGCGGUUAAGAGUGUUGGGCCAGUAACUGAAAGGUCGCUGGUUUGAAUCCUGAGCCGACUAGGUGAAUAAUCUGUCAUUGUGCCCUUCAGCAAGCCAAUUAACUCUUAUCUGUCCUGUAAUUUGCUCUGGAUAAGAGCAUCUGCUAAAUGACAAGAUUGUAAUGAAAAAUGUUUGUAUAUGAAUUUAUGCUGGGCAAACACUUUUUUCUCUUAAAUGAAAUACUGUAUAUACAAUACACAACCUUACCACUUUGUUUACCCUGGUCAGAUGGACAGGACCAUAGUAAACUAGACUAUGUAGCUGCUGUUGUUAGUAGCCUACAGUUUCCAUGCAAUACAGCAUGUCAGAUCACUAAUGAUUAGGUGUAUAGGCUGCUACAUUUCUGCUUGUGUCUGUCAGGAGUGAUGUAUUAUCAGGCUUGUUAAAUAACUACUGGAGGGAAGUGGAGAGCCGCCUUGACCUUUGUGCCCGGCCCACCCGACAUGGUUAAGAGAGACAAUGGACAUGCAGCAGCACUCCAAUGUGAAGAACAGCCCUUAGAAAAAUGUGCGAUGGUAGUACAAUAAAAAAAAAUAUAGCAUGGCAUUUUUGUGGAAUGGUAAUGCCCAAAAAACAAUAUAUGUUUUUUAUUGUACUAAACCUAGGAACAUAGAAGAAACUGACAGAUGUGUCAUAAUAGCCCAGAACUAAAGCUGCACUGGGAGACACAUUUGAAAUGGAAUACAUUGUUUCCACCCUGCUGAAUGUAUUCAAUCACAGUAAAAUACGAUUCAAAUGUAUUGUUGGAAGGGCUGUGGUCACCAUUAAUGUAAUACAUUAAAUAUAUACAUCAGA